AACCUCCCGACUGUGAAAUCACGUGUUGGGCCCUAGCCGCCUCCCGGGCGGGCGCUUCCUGUUGCUGCCUCCGCUGCCGCCCGGGGGCCGCGGGAAGCCAGGGCGGUGCCGGGAGGGAGAAGGCUCGGGUUUGGUUCGGAUCCGUCGCGAGGUAUCUAGGUUGCCGGGAUGCCAGGGCCACGACCUCGGAAAGGCCUUCAGGCCAGCGGCCAGGGUGUGGCAGCUGCCAAGCAGCUGGGGCUCUUUGUGGAGUUCAACCCUGAGGACAUGAUGCUAGGGAUGGAUGAGACUGAAGAUGACGAGGACCUGGAGGCUGAGCUGCUGGCCCUCACUGGGGAAUCAGGAACUACAGGCAGGAAGCCAGCACCCAAGGGGCAGGCUCCCUUGCCCAUGGCCCACAUUGAGAAGUUGGCAGCGGACUGUAUGCAGGAUGUGGAGGAGGAAGAGGAGGAGGAGGAAGAAGAAGGGCUGGAGGAGGAUUCAGACCUGCUGUCUGAGCUGCAGGAGGUCCUGGGUACAGAUGAGGAAACUGGGCCCCUGGAUGCUGAUGAAGCAGCUAACCCAGAACUCCCUGAGGAAGCCAAGGGACAGGAAGACACUGAACCUCCUCCGGUGCAGACAGCCCUCCUAAUGGCUUCAGUUCCAGCAGCUCAAGCUGGAGGGCCUCAGGGGCUGCAGGCUUUGCUGGAAGAACGGAUCCACAACUAUCGGGAGGCUGUGGCCAGCGCCAAGGAGGCAGGUGAAGCAGCCAAAGCCAGACGCUGUGAGCGUGGCCUGAAGACUCUGGAGUCCCAGCUAGUUGCCCUAAGGAAAGGAAGGAAGAUCAAUGAGGAUGAGAUUCCACCUCCAGUGGCCUUGGGCAGGAGGCCCCCAGCCUCCCAGGAAACAGCCAGCAGGAGCCCUGAGGCUGACUCCCAAGCUCCCCCUGCCAUGGAGCCAGACAACCCCUCCCAAUCUGAAACCAGCCUGCUGCACAGCCCUGGCAUUGCUGUCCUGCCUGAUUCGGACCCACACCCACGGGCCCUGCUGUCAGCCCGACAGAGAGCGUAUAAAGUGGCUGCUCUCAGUGCCAAGCGGGCCGGAGAUCUAGAUCGUGCAUGUGAGCUCAUGAGGAUUGGGAAGAGAUUUGGUGCUGUACUGGAGGCCCUGGAGAAGGGGCAGCCUGUGGAUCUGAGUGCCAUGCCCCCAGCACCUGAGGACCUGAAGACCCUCUCAGAGACUUCCAAAGCCCCCACAGCACCCUCAGUCCUACCCCCAGCAGUGGAGAGAAUGCAGCCAGUUACAGCCCCCAACAUCCCAGCAGCCUCAGUGGCCCCUGCAGAGCCGCAGACAGUUCUGGACGCCCUGCAGCAAAGGCUGAACAAGUACCGUGAGGCAGGCAUCCAGGCCCGGGCCGGUGGGGAUGAACGCAAGGCCCGGAUGCAUGAGCGCAUUGCCAAGCAAUAUCAAGAUGCCAUUCGAGCACACCGAGCAGGACGUAAAGUGGACUUUACUGAGUUACCUGUUCCUCCAGGAUUUCCCCCUAUCCCUGGCCUGGAGCCCACUAUGGGCACUGAGGAGGAUUCAGUGGUAGCAACUUUGGCAGCUGCCCAAAAACUGGCCACUUCAGAGGAUACAGCCCCAGCAGAAGAUCAGGAUGAGGAUGAGGAUGAGGCUGAGCCUCUAGGACAGGCCCCAGUGGCCAAGAAGCCAGCACAGCCUCUGGUUCCUUCAUCCCGGCCCCUUCCUGAGCCCAAGGCCUUGAGUUCUAAGGAGUCACUGAGUCCAACUGUUCGGGAACAGCUGACACUGCUGGAGGCACGGAAACUGCAGUACCAGCGAGCAGCCCUGCAGGCCAAGCGGAAGCAGGACCUGGAGCAGGCCAAAGCCCAUCUGCGGGUGGCCAAAUGCCUUGAGGGGCAGAUCAUCCAGGCCCGAGCUGGCCGACCUGUUGACCUCUCAAAGGUGCCCUCGCCUUUGACGGAUGAAGAGGGUGACUUCAUCCUCAUCCACCAUGAGGACCUUCGACUCUCCCAGAAAGCUGAUGAAGUAUAUACCCAGCUACAAAAAAUACUUCUGGAGCAACACGAGAAGUGCCUGCUGUUCUCCAAGCAGUUUAUGCACCAAGGCAAUGUGACUGAGACAACCCGGUUUGAGAAGCUUGCUCAGGACCGUAAGAAACAGCUGGAGAUCCUGCAGCUAGCCCAGGCUCAGGGCCUUGACCCUCCCAGCCACCACUUUGAGUUGAAGACAUUCCAGACUGUGAGGAUCUUCUCAGAACUCAGUAGCACAGAAAUGCAUCUGAUCAUUGUCCGGGGAAUGAACCUCCCAGCCCCUCCAGGUGUGACCCCUGAUGACUUGGAUGCUUUUGUGCGGUUUGAGUUUCACUACCCUAACUCGGACCAAGCUCAAAAAAGCAAAACAUCUGUGGUGAAGAACACAAACUCUCCAGAAUUUGAUCAAGUCUUUAAGUUAAACAUCAACCGAAACCACCGGGGCUUCAGGAGAGUGAUCCAGAGCAAAGGAAUCAAAUUUGAGAUCUUCCACAAAGGAUCCUUCUUCAGAAGUGACAAGCUGGUUGGCACAGCACACCUGAAACUGGAGCGGUUGGAGAAUGAGUGUGAGAUCAGAGAGAUUGUGGAGGUUCUGGAUGGAAGAAAGCCCACUGGGGGGAAGCUGGAGGUGAAGAUAAGGCUGCGGGAGCCUUUGAGUGGCCAGGACGUGCAGAUGGUCACCGAGAACUGGCUGGUCUUGGAGCCCAGGGGCUUGUGAGAUGGUCAGCUCCUGGAGAGGAUCAGGCCAGCGGUGGCAUCCAGAAGGUUAUGGCUUCACUGGUCACGAAAGCCUUUGUACUUAAGAGAGACACUGCUGUACACGCACCAAAGGCCUGUGACAUAUGUGCGCCACUGACCAUGACCCUGGGCUUUGCUCUUGCUGGCCCCUCUUGGUCUCCACAGAAGUGGGCUGGAUUCCAGGCGCUCUUCUCCCCCUUGUCUCCCACUCAUCCAAAAGUGGACAAAGGCAAGAAUACCCUCACCACUCUGUGCCAUGGAGUCCCACAGCCCCUUAACCUCUGCAUACCAAGUGUGUGCAGCUUACCCCAGCCCCACCAUUUCUGGAUGUGCCUUUCAAAGAUGUAACUGCUUAGGGGAUGGGAGAACUUGAGUGUGAUCGGGAACCAGUCCUCUCAGGACAGGACAUGACUCCGUGACUCCAGUUGGUCAGUGGCAGCCUGUCCCACUCAAUCCAGUUCACCCAGCUCUGCCUGUGCCUUUGUCCUGACAGCUGCUGCAUUAGCCUUCCUGCUCCCACAGGACUUAGUAGAAGAGGAAAAUUUCAAUACUGCUUGGUGGGAAGGAGGGGGAAGGCUGCAUCUUGGGUUUGGUCUGUGCACCUAAGACUUGUUAACUGGGGUGAAGAAAAAAAAAUAUAUAUAUAUAUAUAAACUUAUGUAGUCAUUUUUAUUUAUUUAAGAAAGUAGGUCUAAUUCAUUAUAGGGAUUCUGUACCUUACAGCAUAAAUCCUAAGUCUUAAAAGCCCUCCUCCCUAGCACUGUUUAAAAGCUAGAGUAGCAGCGACAUCUGUCCACUGCUCCUGUGGGUUCCAUUUUUGAGAGAAGACAGGGGAA